UAUCCUGAUAUUUUUAGGCUCCGAGUUUAGCUUUCUGAAGCUAAUAAACCUCCCCUUCUUUGGGGGGUUUUACUAUUAUAGCCAAUUGAGACAAUAAUAAAAUACCAUAGCUAGCUAUAUGAAGGGCUGAUGGAGAACACAAGGAAUUUGGCUGAGCGCACCCCGCGUUCGGAGCGUAAGCGUCAGGACUCUUUCGGUAUGUUUGAUGGGUACGACAGCUGCAGUGAGGAGAGCACCAGUAGCUCCAGCUCAGAGGACAGUGAGGACGAGGUGCCAUCCAUCCCUGCCAGCCUGCCCAUCAUUAAGAACAAUGGACAGGUUUACACCUAUCCCGACGGCAAGGCCGGCAUGGCCACCUGUGAGAUGUGUGGGAUGGUUGGAGUGCGAGACGCCUUCUACUCCAAAACAAAACGCUUCUGCAGCGUCUCCUGCUCUAGAAGUUAUUCCUCCAACUCUAAAAAAGCCAGUAUAAUGGCUAGACUCCAGGGUAAACCACCUACGAAAAAGGCCAAGGUCUUACAGAAACAGCCUCUCAUGGCGAAGUUGGCAGCUUACGCCCAGUACCAAGCAAGUCAACAACAACAAAACCUGGCUAAAUCAAAAGCAGUAGUUCCUGUUGAGUGCUUUGAUUGGGGAAGAUACAUCUGUAGCAAUAACCUGGUUGGAGCACCAGUCAGCUGCUUCAAGCACGUCCCUAUGGGUACGUGCUGGGGAGACCUAGCUGAAGGAGUGAGGGUGGAGGUGCUCAACUCCGAUACUAACCUCUCUACUAAAGUCUACUGGAUAGCAGGGAUUGUCAAACUUGCAGGGUUCAAGGCUCUGCUCCGGUACGAGGGUUUUGACAACGACACCAUCAGGGACUUCUGGUGUAACCUCUGUGUUCCAGAGAUCCACCCCGUGGGGUGGUGCGCCUCCAGUGGGAAACCCCUCGUACCUCCCAAAUCGAUACAGAAUAAGUACUCUAACUGGAAAGCUUUUCUUGUGAAGCGACUCACUGGAGCCAAGACACUGCCACCGGACUUUGCUGCAAAGGUCCAUGAGAACAUGCAGUUCCCUUUUAAGAAGCUGAUGCGAGUGGAGGUGGUGGAUAAGACGCACCUGUGCCGAACUCGGGUGGCUCUGGUGGAGCAGGUGAUCGGGGGAAGGCUGAGGCUCGUCUACGAGGAGAGCGCCGACGACUUCUGGUGUCACAUGUACUCCCCGCUCAUACACGCCAUCGGAUGGUCCCGGAGCAUCGGACACCGCUUCAAACGAUCCGAUGUGUCAAAGAAAAUCGAUGGUCAGAUGGACGCCCCCACCCCGCUGUUUGCCAAGGUGAAGGAUGUGGACCAGAGUGGUGAAUGGUUCAAGGACGGGAUGAAACUAGAGGCCAUCGACCCUCUAAACCUCUCAGCUAUAUGUGUAGCCACUGUAAGAAAGGUGUUGGCAGACGGGUACCUCAUGAUCGCCAUCGAUGGGUCGGAGGCAGCUGAUGGCUCAGACUGGUUUUGCUACCACUCCACUUCUCCCUCCAUCUUCCCUGCUGGCUUCUGUGGAAUCAACAACAUUGAACUCACGCCCCCUAGAGGGUACACUAAACUGCCAUUUAAAUGGUUUGACUACCUCAGAGAAGCGAGUUCAAUAGCCGCUCCUGUGAAGCUCUUUAACAAGGAUGUUCCAAACCACGGGUUCCGCCAGGGCAUGAAGCUGGAGGCCGUGGACCUGAUGGAUCCCCGGCUGGUGUGUGUUGCCACAGUGACUCGGAUCGUCCACCGCCUGUUGCGCAUCCACUUUGACGGCUGGGAGGAUGAGUAUGACCAAUGGGUGGACUGCCAAUCACCUGACCUCUACCCUGUGGGCUGGUGUCAGCUGACCGGCUACCAGCUACAGCCCCCCGCCGCACAGAUGGCCAGAGAAAUCCCACCUGCUGUACCUAAGCAGAAAAAGAAAGCUCAACAGUACAAAGGCCAAAAGAAAAAGCGGAAGAUUCCGGUUGGUCGACGGCCCUUCAGUCAGGCAGGCAGGAGGAGGAGCCUAUCAGGGGAGGAAGAAGAGCAGAGUCCGCCCCCUUACUCCAGCCAGGGCCCCACUAUGGUCCCCCGGCCCCGCACCCACCACCACCACCACACCCACAAACCAGAGUCUCUGUUGCGUCUGAAGGAGGAGCCGGCUGAGGUGGAUGAGUUCACCUUCUCCCAGGGCAUCUCAGAUCAGGAGAGCAACGGCUCGGGCAGCUACUACAUCAAACAGGAGCCCUGAUGAUCCGGGGGACAGGGGCCUCGGGCUAGGCCUGGGAGGCCAGGGGGAAGCCGGGUAGGACAGGCCAAUGGGAACCUCCUACAUCCCCCCCAACUAGGAUAAGACAUCUUUAAACCAAGACGAGAACAACAGGGCAGGGAGCAUGGAGUGCUCUAAAAAAAAACAUAUCCAGAGAAGCCAGCUUCUUCCACCCCAAUCAGGAGAGAAUGCUACUGGAGUACAAAACACUGAGUGACUUCACGCCUUGAAACCCCAACCCUCACCCCACAAAUUAAGCUACUUGGGGCUCCCCAAAACCACCGAGGGGCGAGAACCCUUCUGAGCAGCUACAGCCUCAAACCCUGGCGCUCUGAUAGACAGUCACUCAUUCACUGAGACAGACAUACCAUAUGAACAAGGCUAACGGGUAACUGGACACUUCCCAAAGCCACCGGCCCGGAAGAGGCCUCUUAUGAUACCUGGACAAUCUGAUUUAAAAUCCCAAUUCCCUGGAUGAUUGGAUACGACUGUGGCUCUCUCUCUUCCUCCAUAAAUGCAUCUAUCUAGGGGGCAUUGGAGCCUCUCAUUUGGGUAGUCUCUCUCCCCCUACCUGCCAGGCAGGAUCUCUGACUCAAAACUUGGGGCCCAAACACACAGUCACCUGGACUAACUGUGACAGAUAUUUCUGAGCCAGGUCUUGGUUUAUUUCUUUCAGGUAAGAAGGCUAGCCGCACAUGGCGGGAUUUAAUUUCACACGGUCUUGAGAGGGAGGGAACAAGUUGUAUAAAGCAAGAUGAUUAUUAUUAUUUUUCAAAAAUGUUGCCAGGUGGACUUGCUUUGAUUUGUUAAUAGUACUUGAAGUUUUCAGUUGAUAUUUGUAAAGUUUCUGUUUUUUGUUUGUUUUUGCCCUUUUAAAUUGGAGGGUUGUUGUUAUUUUGACUUAAACGCUGAUUUGUUAUCAACCUCUCUUUUGGGGGGGAGAUACCGUCGGAGUGGUGUAGAUAUUAUGAGGAUACAUAUUCAUAGAUGUGACUAUUCAAUAUAGAACUAUAUAGAUAUUAAGAAUUGUGAUUUGACGAGAGUGGGUUUUGAAAAGGUGUUGUAUAAAUCCGAAACCUUGCUGGUGUGAUAGGACUGACACUCUCAAACUAGAUGGUGUUUAUGUCUUAAUAGGGUAACUUGCGUACUACUUAGUAUUGGCUAUGCAUACUAGGUAGCGCUAAUGUGUCUAUUGGGAUACACUAGAUAAACACUGUCACAGAUUGCACUACAGGAACAAACAACCAGUCUCUUUGGGUUGUUGGAACCAGCCUUUACCAUGUCAGCAGCUUUAGAAUAGAAGGACCGGACUUAGCUAAUGUUUGCAUCUGUUUUUUUAAGUACAGGAUACUACUCCAGAAACAAAGCUAAACCAUGAUAUACUCUUUAUUUUACUCUACCAUAAUGUCAUAACCUAUUUUCCUCGAAGAAAACAAGUGUAAACUUAGUAAGUCUGGCCCUAAAAGACAGAAAUGAUUUUAGUAAUCAAGCAAAGUUGAAUCCUAAAAUGACGUUGUAAAGCAGGCUGAAAAACAAUGUAGACGACAUUUCAUGGAUGACUUCCGAGAUAUGCAAAACCGGUAAUUUUAUUUCAGUGGUGUUUUUCCUCCUGUGUAUGGGUAGUUCUUUAUUUCAGAGCCAUAUUGAUGCGUACUGGUUAAGUAUUCAACCGAGCCACUGGAUAACAACUUUAUUGUUGGUAUUAAUGUCUUUUAUUAAACACUGCUUUGUU